AUGCCUAGUGGCUUUGGAAAAGCUGCCUCUGGAUGUGGACCCAAGUCCGGCGCUGCAGGGGAGUUUCCAAGGAAUGUGCGGGUGCUGGGGGAGGGUGUGCCCCUGGGCCCGGCCGGCGGUGAUGUGAUGGUGUGCCGGACUGUGGUGGAAGCGCUCUCCUUCCUGAUCGACGUCGAUCAAGGCAUUGCAGCGUCUGCCGCGGAAGAACGACCAGCCGUGACGCUGGCCACGGCCGCCUCCAACCCCGCCCGCACCAGCCAGACUGGGUACGUGGCUACAGCUGACGCCUUCCAGCAGUCGCGUUUGCUGCGCUGGAUCACGGCGUCCCUCGGGCCAAACCCUUACGGGGUCGCCGCCUGCGUGUCGUCAGGCCGCCGGCUGUCGUGGCCGAGCAGCGCGUCAGCCGACCGGCGCGCCGACCACAAGCGCGGCAAGAUGGCCACCAACGCGCACCUGGCGCCGCCCGCGGACAAGCUGAUCGUCACCUCGGCCAUCUACAAGGAGACGGUGGCGCGCAUGUCGCCGACGCUCUGUUGCGCAACGCUCAAGCUGCACCGCUGCCACCAGGCGUUCCUCUACUUCCUCAGCCCGCUGCGCAACGUGUCGAUCGACAAGUGCCAUGAGACGACUGUGGUGCUGGGGCCGGUGUUGGGCACAGUCCAGCUGACCGGCUGCCGCGGCGUGCGACUCGUUGUUGUCUGCCGCCGGCUGGUGGAAAUCGCAACGACUCGCUGA